GCCGCCUCACCGGCCGCUGCCGCCACUGCCGCGACUCCGACCUGGCGGGGCAACGCUGGGCGUGCUUACGGGCAGGCGGGGCUGCAGACAAGAAGCAGGAAGCGGCCGCCACGCCAGCGUGGGCGGCUGGCCGCGGCGGAGGCGCAGGGAGCCGGUGGCAGGUUGCGUGGGGCGAGUCUCCGCGCUCAGCAUUAUGGAUCCAAGCCUGUUGAAAGAACGGGAGUUAUUCAAAAAACGAGCUCUUUCCACUCCUGUAAUAGAAAAACGUUCAGUAUCUUCUGAAGCAUCUUCGUCGUCGUCAUCGAAGAAGAAAAAGGCAAAGCUAGAACACGGGGGAUCAUCAGGCUCUAAACAAAUUUCCGAUCAUAGCAAUGGAUCAUUUAACUUGAAAGCUCUAUCAGGAAGCUCUGGAUAUAAGUUUGGCGUUCUUGCUAAGAUUGUGAAUUACAUGAAAACACGGCAUCAGCAAGGAGAUACACAUCCUCUAACUUUAGAAGAAAUCUUGGAUGAAACACAACAUCUAGACAUUGGACUGAAGCAGAAACAAUGGCUAAUGACUGAGGCUUUAGUCAAUAAUCCAAAAAUUGAAGUAAUAGAUGGGAAGUAUGCCUUCAAGCCCAAGUACAAAGUGAAAGAUAAGAAGUCUCUGCUUAGACUCUUAGAUAAUCAUGACCAGCGAGGCUUAGGAGGAAUUCUUUUAGAAGACAUAGAGGAAGCAUUGCCCAAUUCCCAGAAAGCAGUCAAGGCUUUAGGGGACCAGAUACUAUGUGUAAACCGUCCUGAUAAGAAGAAAGUUCUUUUCUUCAAUGAUAAGAGCUGUCAAUUUUCUGUGGAUGAAGAAUUUCAGAAAUUGUGGAGGAGUGUCACUGUGGAUUCAAUGGAUGAAGAGAAAAUUGAGGACUAUCUAAAACGACAGGGUAUUUCUUCCAUGCAGGAAUCCGGACCAAAGAAAGUGGCCCCAAUUCAGAGAAGGAAAAAGCCUGCUUCACAGAAAAAGCGGCGGUUUAAGACUCAUAAUGAACACAUGGCUGGAGUGCUAAAGGACUACUCCGAUAUCCCACCUGGCAAAUAGUGAGCAGAUUUGUUCAGCAGCAGUUACAGAUAAAAAAUCAAGAUCUUUCUUGUUGAUGCUGUGGUCUGAAGACUGUCUUCCCACUCUACUGCUUAGGACUGAAGAGAGGAACAGUUCAGUUUACAGAACCAACUCAAACCCAAAUUUAAUGGCUAAUUUGAAUGGCUAAUGAGAAAUGUGAUAUUCCCUGUUAACCUGUUACUUCGUGGGGCUUAGAGGGUGAAGAUGCUUAGCAUGGCAUCCAGGUGUCUUUGAUUUGUCUCUAGUUCGAAGUCGUUCCUGGUUCCAUUUUUCCUCUUUUAUUACUUUAGAACAAGUUUGCAGAUAGUCUUGAAUGCAAUAUAUGUUUAUUCUAAAAGAACAUAUUUAUAAUAAAAUCAUUGUAGGAGGAGUUCUUAGACCGUGGAUUCAAUUUUCUUUCUUUCCAUUUGGUGGUGGCAGUGGACAUCUCUGGUCUUACACUCUCAAGGGCUCGUGACUGGUAUGUUGAAGACUGACCUUGAUGUGUUGCCGAGCGUAAGGAUUUCACAGUUGGAUUAUAAG